GCGGGGCGGGGGGAGCCAGCCCGGGCCAUCCGCUGCCCCCACCAUCUACUGCUUUGCUUGUGUGAAGGUACCGCUCGCUGACCUGGGAGGCCCAGGGGCUCUGCUGGCCCUAGGGAUAAGAGCGGGCAGAGGAGUCCAAUGUGGGGACAAUCCGUGCAGGGGCCAAACUGAUGUGCAGGAGGGUCAAGGCGCUGGAGGUAGGGGAAGGAGGUGGGGAAAAUCAGAGACGGGGUAGUUAGGUACCAGGGUUAAGAAUGUGGCUAAGGCCCGGCCAGGCAGUAUCAGUGGGGAAACCCCAGGAUAAGUAAGGGCAGAGGAGUUAAAAGCGACAGCAAUGGGGGUGAGCAAUCUGCAGUGGUUGCAAAAAAGGAUGUUGAGGGGUCAAGGGGUUCCCCCCCGGGGGGGGGGGGGAUGCUACACCUCAGCACCUGUUCCCAGGGCUGGGUUCUCUCACAGCUGCAUCCCAAGGCCCAGAGGCAUGGAGCUGCUAAAGGAGACCUGAUUCUGCACAAUAUUUCACAUACCCCCCUUCCCCCGCAAAGUUUUAGUGUUUAAAAUAAUCCCUGAUCAGUUGCUAUCUCUGCAUCAUGCCUCAUUGAUGCAGGAAGGCUCUUGGUCUGCCUAAGGAUCCAUGAAUGGGAACUGUUCUGCUGGUGUCUGAGUGGGCUGGGAUGUAGGAGACCCAGGUCUCAAGCAGAGGAGGAAAGCAGAUUUGAACAGGGGUCUCCCACAUCCCAGCCCAGGUGGACACUUUCUCCAGUGGCUGGAAUCAGCCCCCUGGGGCAGACCCGGACUCUGCCCACACCAGCCCCUGAGCCGAGCCUGCAGGGGACUUGGAAAGGGCUGGGGCUGGGCAGGAAAGUGACUCUGCACAAAGGGCCCCUUUCAGCGACCUGCUGGCUGAGGAAUCACGUCUGCGUUUUGCCCCAGAUCGUCCCGUCUCCAGGAGACAGGGAAGGGAAAUGGCUGUGAUGGAGCCAGCUCAGAUGCCGGUGACCUUCGAGGAGGUGGCUGUGUAUUUCACCCAGGGGCAGGGGGCUCUGCUGGACCCCACUCAGAGAGCCCUCUACAGGGACGUCAUGCAGGAGAACUAUGAGACGGUGACCUCAUUGGGAUUCCCCAUUCCCAAACCGGACCUGAUCGCCCGGCUGGAACGAGGGGAAGAGCUGUGGGUCCCGGAUCUCCAGGCCCCUGAGGAAAGGGAGAGCCCGAGAGGUACCCGCACAGGUGGUGAGAGAGUGAGUGUGAAUGAGGAGAACAAUCAACAGUGGGAAGUUCCCGGGGAAGUGGAACCAUGGGGGACCUUUUUGAGAAGAGCUGAAGGGAAUUUUUCCCAGUGCUUGGAACAGGGAGAAGCCUGGGGAAAUCGGGGCAGGUCAGAAAAACAGCUGGGAAAAGUGACAAAAGUGGAUGAAUCCAUUGAUUGUGCGGCAGGAUGCAAGGAUCCCAAGGAAACCACAGUCCAGCAGACAAGUCAAAAGGAAGAAGAACCCUAUAAAUGCCCCAAUAUUGAGAAUAGAUCUCAUAUGAGUACAAACCUUAUUUCUCAUUGGAGAAACCACACCGGAGAGAGACCCUAUAAAUGUCUUGAUUGUGGGAAAUGUUUCAAUCAGAAGUCAACGCUUGUUAGGCAUCAGACAGUCCACACAGGAGAGAAACUCCAUAAAUGCUCGGAGUGUGGGAAAAGCUUCAAUAGAUGCUCAUACCUCGCAAUACAUCAGAGAAUCCACACGGGAUUCAGACCCUAUAAAUGCCUUGAGUGUGGGAAGUGUUUCAAUUGGAAGUCAAGCCUUAUUACACAUCAGAGAACCCAUACAGGAGAGAAGCCCCAUAAAUGCUCGGACUGUGGGAAAAGUUUCAUGCACAGAUCUGACCUUAUUAGACAUCAGAAAACGCACACAAGAGAGAAACCCCAUAAGUGCUUGGACUGUGGGAAAACGUUCACACAGAGAUCAACCCUUGUUGCACAUCAGAGAAUCCAUACAGGAGAGAAACCCUUUAAAUGUUUGGACUGUGGAAAAUGCUUCAGCCAGAGUUCAUAUCUUACUUCACAUCAGCAAAUCCACACUGGAGAGAGAACCUAUAAAUGCCUCGACUGUGGGAAAUGUUUCAAUUGGCAGUCAUCAUUUAUUACACAUCAGAAGAUCCAUACAGGAGAGAAACCCCAUAAAUGUUUGGACUGUGGGAAAAGCUUCAGUAGCACCUCAGACCUCGCUAAGCAUCACAGAACCCACACGGGAGAGAGACCCUACAAAUGCUUGAACUGUGGGAAAAGUUUCAAUAACAACUCAAAUCUUCGUAAACAUGGGAAAAUCCACACUGGUGAGAGACCUUAUAAAUGCUUUGAUUGUGGGAAAUGUUUCAUUUGGAAGUCAAACCUUACCAGACAUCAGGGAACUCACACAAGAGACAGAUCCCACAGCUGCUUGGAAUGCGGGGAAAGUUUCAUCCAGAGAUUGGACCUUACGCAACAUCAGACAAUGCACAAGAGACAGGAAACAUAAAUGCUUGGAUUGUGGAAAAAGUUACAUUAAGAGAGCAAACCAUAUUACGCAUCAGAGAACACACACAGGAGAAUAUCCCCAUACAUGCUUGGACUAUCUAGGGGCGCUCACCCGUGUGGCUUCUCCGAUGUUCAGUAAGAACAUAAGAACGGCCGUACUGGGUUAGACCAAAGGUCCAUCUAGCCCAGUAUCCUGUCUACCGACAGUGGCCAAUGCCAGGUGCCCCAGAGGGAAUGAACCUAACAGGUAAUGAUCAAGUGAUCUCUCUCUCCUGCCAUCCAUCUCCACCCUCUGACAAACAGAGGCUAGAGACACCAUUCCUUACCCAUCCUGGCUAAUAGCCAUUAAUGGACUUAACUUCCAUGAAUUUAUCCAGUUCUCUUUUAAACGCUGUUAUAGUCCUAGCCUUCAAUACCUCCUCAGGCAAGGAGUUCCACAAGUUGACUGUGCACUGUGUGAAGAAGAACUUCCUUUUAUUUGUUUUAAACCUACUGCCUAUUAAUUUCAUUUGGUGGCCCCUAGUUCUUGUAUUAUGGGAAUAAGUAAAUAACCUUUCCUUAUUUACUUUCUCCACAUCACUCAUGAUUUUAUAUACCUCUAUCAUAUCCCCCCUUAGUCUCCUCUUUUCCAAGCUGAAAAGUCCUAGCCUCUUUAAUCUCUCCUCAUAUGGGACCCGUUCCAAACUCCUAAUAAUUUUAGUUGCCCUUCCCUGAACCUUUUCUAGUGCCAGUAUAUCUUUUUUGAGAUGAGGAGACCACAUCUGUACUCAGUAUUCAAGAUGUGGGCAUACCAUGGAUUUAUAUAAGGGCAAUAAUAUAUUCUCCGUCUUAUUUUCUGUCCUUUUUUUAAUGAUUCCUAACAUCCUGUUUGCCUUUUUGACGGCCUCUGCACACUGCGUGGACGUCUUCAGAGAACUAUCCACGAUGACUCCAAGAUCUUUUUCCUGAUUUGUUGUAGCUAAAUUAGCCCCCAUCAUAUUGUAUGUAUAGUUGGGGUUAUUUUUUCCAAUGUGCAUUACUUUACAUUUAUCCACAUUAAAUUUCAUUUGCCAUUUUGUUGCCCAAUCACUUAGUUUAGUGAGAUCUUUUUGAAGUUCAUCACAGUCUGCUUUGGUCUUAACUAUCUUGAGCAGUUUAGUAUCAUCUGUAAACGUUGCCACCUCACUGUUUACCCCUUUCUCCAGAUCAUUUAUGAAUAAGUUGAAUAGGAUCGGUCCUAGGACUGACCCUUGGGGAACACCACUAGUUACUCCUCUCCAUUCUGAGAAUUUACCAUUAAUUCCUACCCUUUGUUCCCUGUCUUUUAACCAGUUCUCAGUCCAUGAAAGGACCUUCCCUUUUAUCCCAUGACAACUUAAUUUACGUAAGAGCCUUUGGUGAGGGACCUUGUCAAAGGUUUUCUGGAAAUCUAAGUACACUAUGUCCACUGGAUCCCCCUUGUCCACAUGUUUGUUGACCCCUUCAAACAAUUCUAAUAGAUUAGUAAGACAGGACUUCCCUUUACAGAAACCAUGUUGACUUUUGCUCAACAAUUUAUGUUCUUCUAGGUGUCUGACAAUUUUAUUCUUUACUAUUCUUUCAACAAAUUUGCCUGGUACCGACAUUAGACUUACUGGUCUGUAAUUGCCGGGAUCACCUCUAGAGCCCUUUUUAAAUAUUGGCGUUACAUUAGCUAUCUUCCAGUCAUUGGGUACAGAAGCCGAUUUUAAAGGACAGGUUACAAACCUUAGUUAAUAGAUCCGCAACUUCACAUUUAUGUUCUUUCAGAACCUUGGGUGAAUGCCAUCCGGUCCCAGUGACUUGUUAAUGUUAAGUUUAUCAAUUAAUUCCAAAACCUCCUCUAGUGACACUUCAAUCUGUGACAGUUCCUCAGAUUUGUCACCUCUAAAAGCCGUCUCAGGUUUGGGAAUCUCCCUAACAUCCUCAGCCGUGAAGAUUGAAGCAAAGAAUUUGUUUAGUUUCUCCGCAAUGACUUUAUCAUCUUUAAGCGCUCCUGUUGUAUCUCGAUCAUCCAGGGGCCCCACUGUUUGUUUAGCAGGCUUCCUGCUUCUGAUGUACUUAAAAACAUUUUGUUAUUACCUUUUGAAUUUUUGGCUAGCCAUUCUUCAAACUCCUCUUUGGCUUUUCUUAUUACAUUUUUACACUAAGGCCUGGUCUACACUAUGAGUUUAAUUCAAAUUUAGCAGCAUUAAAUCAAAUUAACCCUGCAGCCGUCCACACAAUGAAGCCAUUUACGUCAAAAUAAAGGACUCUUAAAAUCGAUUUCUGUACUCCUCCCCGACGAGGGGAGUAGCGCCGCAAUCGACAUUGCCAUUUCAAAUUAGAGUUAGUGUGGCCACAAUUUGACAGUAUUGGCCUCCAGGAGCUAUCCCACAGUGCACCGUUGUGACUGCUCUGGACAGCAAUCUGAACUCAGAUGCACUGGCCAGGUAGACAGGAAAAGCCCCGUGAACUUUUGAAUUACAUUUUCUGUUUGGCCAGCGUGGAGAGCACAGGUGACCACGCAGAGCUCAUCAGCACAGGUAACCAUGCAGUCUGAGAAUGGAAAAAGAGCAUCAGCAUGGACCAUACGGGAGGUACUGGAUCUGAUCACUGUAUGGGGAGACGAUUCCGUGCUAGCAGAACUAUGUUCCAAAAGAUGAAAUGCCAGAACAUUUGAAAAAAUCUCCAAGGGCAUGAUGGAGAGAGGCCACAAUAGGGAUUCACUACAGUGCCGCGUGAAAGUUAAGGAGCUCAGACAAGCCUACCAGAAAACCAAAGAAGCAAACGGAAGGUCCGAGGCAGAGCCGCAGACAUGCCGCUUCUACGCUGAGCUGCAUGCAAUUCUAGGGGGGGUAAUCUCAGCCAUGCCUGAGGAUUCUGCGGACGGGGAAGAUGAGGAGGAGGAUGACGACGAGCUUGCGGAGAGCACACAGCACUCUGUUCUUCCCAACAGCCAGGAUCUUUUUCUCAGCCUGACUGAAGUACCCUCCCAACCCUCAGACAAUGAGGCCAUGGAAGGGACCUCCGCUGCAAAUUUUUCAAGCCUCCCUCCUUCAUCCCGAAGGCUAUCUCAGAUAAGGCAGCAAAAAAAAGGACACGAGACGAAAUGUUCUCUGAAAUCAUGGAAUCCACCCGCAAUGAAAGAGCUCAUCUGAAUGAGUGGAAGGAUACGGUAUCAAAAUAUAGGAAAGAUGCCAGUGAACGUGAGGCCAUGAGGGACGCUCGAGAUGAGAGGAGGGAUGCUCGAGAUGAGAGGUGGCAGGCUGCAAUGCUGGGGCUGCUGUGUGAUCAAAUGGACAUGCUCCGGCGUCUGGUGGAGCUUCAGGAACAGCAGCAGGAUCACAGAGUGCCGCUACAGCCCCUGUAUAACCACCCUCCCCCCUCACCAUGUUCCGUAGCCUCCUCACCCAGACGUGUAAGAAAGUGGGGGGGGGGGGAGACUCCAUGCACCUUCCCACUCCACCCCAGUAGACAACCCAAGCAAAAGGCUGUCAUUAUUUUGAACUUUUUUAGUGGCCUUUUCCUUCCCUCCUAUCCUCCUCCCAAACCCCACCCAGGCUACCUUGUCGGUUCUCUCCCUAUGUUUAUAAUCAACUAAUAAAGAAUACAUGAUUUUUAAACGAUA